AUGUACAAUAGCGAAAACGGACUCUUUGUGGGGCAUGUUGGCAAAGGCCCCUUGCAGUAUCGUGUUCCUGCUCGGAAACCACAAGCAAUCUAUCCGUUCCUGCACUCCCCUUACCCAGAAAUCACGGGAACUACCCCAGUUACAAGAUAUUUCGGUCCAUACUAUGGAGUCACACCGGGCUAUAUCCCCCCGUAUGUCGGCUAUCGAGGUGUUGUGCACAAGGGUCGCAUUUUGGGUAUUGAUGAAGUGUAUGAACCAACUCUUCGUCCCUUCCCCAAAUUCAAUGUGGUCGAAGAUUGUGAACGUUUGAACAAGGCGAUGAAAGGCUAUGGUGUAGACGAGAAGGCAAUCAUUGAUGUGUUUGCCCAUCGUUCGGUGGAUCAACGAUUGCGCAUUAUUGAACACUACAAGGUCAUGUACAACAAAGAUUUAGUCAAGGAAUUCCGAAAUGAACUGAGUGGCCAUUUCUUUGAAACAAUCGAGGCUAUGUGUCAACCACCGGAAGAUUAUGAUGCCAUGGAACUGCGCAAAGCUAUUCAUGGGGUUGGAUCAGAUGAAGACACACUGAUUGAAAUCUUGACCACGCGUUCAAAUGCACAAAUCAAAUUGAUCCGAGAGGCCUACCGCCGACUCUUCUUUGGCCGAGAUUUGGAAUCCGAUAUUAGAAACGAUACAUCUGGACAUUUUAAGUCAUAUUUAAUCAGUCAGCUUCAGCCUACGCGUGACGAAAGCCAGACCGUCGACCGAGCACUUGCACAGAAAGAUGCCCAAAAGCUGUUCGAUGCUGGUGAAAAACGUUUGGCUUCGACCCAAUCUCAACUCAAUGCAAUUUUGUGCUCGCGAUCAGCCACUCAUCUUCGCUUUGUGUUUGAUGCCUACGCUCGCUUGGCUAACCGGGACAUUGAAAUUGGGUUGCAACAGGCUUUGACUGGUGACCUUCUACGAUCCUACUUGGCUUUGAUCCGUUGCAUUCGAAAUAAACCAAGCUACUUUGCUGGACGUUUGCAGAAGGCUAUGAAAGGUUUGGGUACAAACGAUGGAAUGCUUAUUCGUAUUGUGGUCACACGUUGCGAGGUCGAUAUGGGCCGUAUCAAGCAUGAGUUCUAUGUGGAGAACCGAAAGACCCUAGCCAGAUGGAUCUCAGAUGAUACCAGUGGUGACUACCGAAGACUUCUUCUGGCCCUUAUCAAUGAAGACAAAGGUGUGGAAUAA